AUUACUCUCUCUCUCUCUCUCUCUCACACACCUCAAUACCAAAAUGUUAUCCAAAUUUCACAAACAUAGAAGAAACUCAAACUGAAAUGUACUUGACCCAUCAAUUUUCCACCAUUUUCUUCUCUUCUUCUUCCCAAACAUUCAGUUCAGUUCAGUGAAGUACAGAGGAAAAUGGCUCAAGCUUACCCUCUCUGUUCUUCUCCAUCUUCUUCUAUCUUCCAUGAUUUAACAACUCGCAUUUCAAUUUCAUCCCCUUAUUCUUUCAAACUUCCCUAUAAAUUCAAAACCUUCUUCUCCUUCCAACCUCUUCAAGAAAACUCCGCAAAUCUCAACAACCCAAAUUCAAAUUCCUCAUCUUUAUCUAAAAGCAGAAUCUGGGUCAAUCCUAAAACCCCCAAACCCAAACGCAUUUGGAACAAAUCCGACAAAACCGUUUCAUCUUUGGCCAAAUUACCCAAAAGUCUUAAUGAGCAACAAGUUUCUGAAAUCUUGAAUGGUUUAGGAGACAAUGUUACGGAACGCGACGCCGAAAACAUUCUUCAUAACAUUGCAGAUCCUGAAACUGCAAUUUUUGUGCUUGAAUUCUUCAAGCAGAAGAUUGAAUUUGAAAGACAUGUUGUUUUGUAUAACGUGUUGUUUAAGUUGUUUAGGGAAAUUAAGGAUUUUGAACAAGCGGAGAAACUGUUUGAUGAAAUGCUUCAAAGAGGAGUGAAGCCUGAUGUAGUUACGUUUUCAACUUUGAUUAGGUGUGCUGCUGUUUGUUCUUUUCCACAUAAGGCUGUAGAGUUGUUUGAGAGGAUGCCGGAUUUUGGGUGUGAACCGGAUUAUAAUGUGUCGUCUUCGAUGAUUUAUGUUUAUGCGAGAACAGGUAAUGUUGAUAUGGCUUUGAAAUUGUAUGAUAGUGCGAAAAAUGAGAAAUGGGUUAUUAGGCCAGUUGCGUUUUCGGCUUUGAUUAAGAUGUAUGGGAUAUUGGGGAAUUAUGAUGGGUGUUUGAGUGUUUAUAAUGAUAUGAAAGUUCUUGGUGUUAGGCCGAAUAUGGUUUUGUAUAAUGCUUUGUUGUAUGCUAUGGGGAGAGCUAAGAGGGCUAGGGAUGCUAAGGGUGUGUACCAGGAGAUGAAGAAGAAUGGCUUUGUACCGAACUGGGGAACGUAUGCAGCUCUUUUGGAAGCUUAUUCGAGAGGACGGUUGAGUAAAGAAGCGUUGAGUGUGUAUAAGGAAAUGAAGGAAAAGGGAAUGAGUAUGAAUAAAGUUCUUUAUAGUAUGCUUCUUGACAUGUGUGCUGAUGUUGGGUUUGUAGAUGAAGCUGUUGAAAUAUUUGAAGAUAUGAAGUGUUCCAUGACAUGCCAGCCUGACAAUUACAUAUACACGUCCUUGAUUAACAUGUAUUCGUGGAAUGGAAAAAUUCCGGAGGCGGAAGCAAUGUUGAAGGAAAUGAUCAGUUGUGGAUUAGAGCCUAAUAUUUUGGUUCUCACAAUGUUUGUACAUUGCUAUGGAAAAGCCAAACGAACUAAUGAUGUUGUGAAUAUAUUUAAUCAAUUUAUGGAUACCGGAAUCACCCCUGAUGAUCGUUUGUGUGAUUGUCUUUUGUAUGUCAUGACUCAAAUACCGAAAGAAGAAUAUGGUAAGAUAACAAAUUGCAUUCAGAAAGCUAACCCAAGGCUUGGUUAUAUUGUGACAUAUUUGAUGGAAGAGAAUGAGGGUGAUGAUGACGGAAAUUUUAUGAAGGAAACAUCAGAACUUUUAAGUUCAGCUGAUGAUGAUGUGAAGAAGUCCUUAUGCAAUAGUUUAAUUGAUCUUUGUGUUAAGUUUGGCUUGCAACAGAAAGCUCGCAACCUUCUUGACUUGGGAUUGAUGCUUGAGAUAUACAGCGAUAUACAAUCGAGAUCCGAAACUCAGUGGUGUUUGAACCUGAAAAAACUCUCAGUUGGAGCUGCGAUGACUGCUUUUCAUGUUUGGAUAGAUGACUUGUCCAAGGCUUUUGAAUCAGGUGAAGAGCUGCCACAAGUACUUGGAAUUUCUACCAUCCCUUGGAGACACAAGCGUUCGGAUAAAGACUUGGCUAGUGUAUUUGAAUCAUAUUUGAAGGAGCUUAAUUCUCCUUUCCAUAAGGCUACGAAUAUGUCUGGCUGGUUUUUUACUACAAGCCAAGAAGCCAAGUCAUGGCUGCAGUCUAGAGGAUCAACUGAAACAGUUGCUUCUUUGAAUAAGACGGUGUUAGAUGUUCUUGCUGAGGCUCAUCUCCAUUGAUAUUGUUGUUAUAGGUUUAGCCAUGUGCCUUGUAGUUUCUAUCCAUUUUUAUUGACCUUGUAAGGAAACUUUGGUAUUAGAUUCAAAAGAUAAUAUUUGUGUAUUUUGGAUGUCUUGAAUUGUGAAUGAAAGCCUGAUACUGGUAUAUUCCAUUAAACAUUAUCUUA